UUGCAUAAGUUAAGGUGGGCGUUAACUAAAUAAUUUUGAUAAAGCUUUUUCUACCUAGACUUCAAAAAUAUAAUAAAUCCUAGCUAUGGGAAUGUUUUUAUAUUUGACAAUUUUCGUAUUCAUCUGGUGUCAAAUUGCUUCUGCUCAAGUUCUGGAUACCGUGGAUCCUGUUAAAUGCUAUUCUCCUAUGUAUUGUCUGAACAGCGACGGAAGAAAUCAGCCAUCUUGGAGACAAACUUUUCCCCAGCCUCACUGCUCAAAUUCAAGCCAAGUUAGAAAAGGACUAAAGGGUGAACUUGGCACUAAAGGAGAUAAAGGAGACACUGGCAUCCAAGGAGUCGAAGGACCUCCGGGCCCAGUUGGCUUUCCAGGUGCCAAAGGAAUUCACGGCCCUAAAGGAGAACUCGGUCCUCCAGGACCUAUUGGAAUGAAAGGAUCAAACGGGAUUCCAGGCGCCCAAGGUGAAAUAGGAGCACCCGGAGUACCUGGGCCGAAAGGGGACAUGGGAGACGCUUCUGUAAUUCCAAAUUCACUUAAAGAAGUUCUGAAAGAUAUGCUGGCCGUCACUGCCGAUAUGAACCAGCGUUAUUAUGGCAAGAUAUUCAUUCCUUUAACUUCGGAAACAGGAGGGCAUGAUUAUGCGUCUAAGAAAUGUCGGGAAAUCGGUGGUAAAUUGGCCGAUAUACAAGAUAAUACGCAUAUGGACCAAAUAAUGACGUACGUAAGGAACCACAAAAUGGGAAACGAGGACCGAAAAACGUUUCAUCUUGGAAUGCAAUACAAGUCUCAGCGGCUCUAUUUCAGCAACGCAACCGCAGUACCAGAGGGAAACGGCUUCAAGUGGCGGUCUGGAUAUCCGUACAAAGGAGAUACUCCCUACACAAACAUGUAUUUGGAGGUUGACCGUGAACCAUCAAGUUCUGUUCAAUAUCUCGGGAAUCAGAAUGCCGCCAGUGAGAAUUUUUACGCGUUGUGUGAACCUCAAUGCUCAAAUUCCAGUCAAGGUAUAAAAGGACAGAAGGGUGAACUCGGCCCCAAAGGAGAUGGAGGCGACACUGGCCCACAAGGAGUGGAAGGACCUCCGGGCCAGGUUGGCUCCAACGGAGCCAAAGGAUCUACCGGUCCUAAAGGAGAACUCGGUCCUUCAGGAGCUGCUGGAAUGAAAGGCUCAGACGGGAUUCCAGGCGUCAAAGGCGACACAGGACAGCCAGGCGCACCUGGACCGAAAGGGGAAAUGGGAGAAGCUUCUGUGGUCCCAAAUUCACUUCAAGAAGUUUUAAAAGAUAUCCUGGCCGUCACUGCCGAUCAAAAUCAGCGUUACUAUGGCAAAAUAUUCAUUCCUUUGAUUUCGGAACUUGGAUUGCAUGAUUUUGCGUCUGAGAAAUGUCGGGAAAUCGGUGGUAAAUUGGCCGAUAUUCAAGAUAAUACGCAUCUGGAUCAAAUAAUGACGUACAUAAGACAAAACAAGAUGGAAAAGAAUAGCCGAAUUUAUUUUCAUCUUGGAAUGCAAUACAAGUCUCAACAGCUGUAUUUCAGCAACGCAACCGCAGUACCAGAGGGAAACUUCAAAUGGUCGCCUGGAUAUCCGCACAAGGGAGAUAAUCCCUACAAAGACAUGUAUUUGCAGGUUGACCGUGAACCAUCAAAUAAUCACCAAUAUCUCUACAAUCAGUAUGUCGCCAAUAAUAAAUGUUACGCGUUGUUUCCAAAAGUGGAAAAAUGCUUGUCGCCUGUUGUAUGUGUGGACAGCAAUGGCAACGCUAAACCGUCUUGGCAGCAAAGUUAUAUUCCUGACAGUGAUGACAAGCCGCAAUGUUCAGCGUCCAAUCCUGGUCCUAAAGGAGAGAAAGGGGAACCAGGGACUGAUGGUAAAGAUGGAGAGAAGGGCUCACCUGGGCCUAAAGGAAAUGCUGGUAUCAAUGGAACAAAUGGAGCUCCUGGAAGCAUGGGUCCAAAAGGUAACAAGGGAGACGAUGCGAAUAAUAAAAUAUUGAAAGAGUUUGUCUAUGCUAUGUCGGAUGGUGAGCAAUACUACAAUGGUUCACUAUUUCUUCCGUUAAUCUCAUCGACAUUUGGAAUAAACACAUCCAACAAAAAAUGUCAAGAUUUUGGUGGAGAAUUGGCAAACAUUUACAACCAAGAACAUAUGAACCAGAUAAUGAAAUAUAUAAGAAACAACAAAAUGGGCAACAAAAACAUUAUUCAUUUUCACCUUGGAAUGACAUUAAACACUGUGAACAAAACGGUUCAUACACGUGAUGGGCAUAAAGUUCCAAGUAAAGAUAUUAAAUGGCGUAAGGGAUCUCCGGAUUAUUCUUGGCACGUAAGCGGCAUGGCUCUGGCAGUCAAUGCGGAUGAAUUCAGUACAGACCAAUAUUUAUACCAGUAUUCCAAUUAUCAACGUUACCCUCUCUGUGAAAUUUGA